AUUUUUUUCACAAUCGUGUGUUUUGGUGCGAAAAAAAAUUAAUUUUUCAUACCGUGCGGGAAUUCAAAAGUGCUUCAAAUGCGAUUCAAUCGACGCGGCAAAACGUGUAAAUAAUUAAACGCCACGGAAAACGUGAAAAACUCAUCGGAAAAAGUGCGAUAAAUGACAAAACCCGCAUUCUGAGAAUCAUUUUGUGGGAAAAUCGACAUCCAUCCAUCGUAAAAAAGAAAGGUUUGUCGUCACACAAACGCUGACUUUUCGCAUUUUAACAUCGAUUUCGUUUCUUUGCAUGUCAGAUCUUUACUUUCUUUGUCUUCCAACGAGAAAUCUCUUUUGAUAGAUGCAAAAUUCAAAGCAUAUCUAGAAGUCACAUAGUGCUGUGUAGUUAUUGUAGAGUAAAUUUAUAUUGAAAGGUCAGAGCAAAAAAAAAAUACAGACCUGACCUUUCUCAAGACACAAUUUCUGUACAUAUUGCUGCUAUCCUGCAUGCGAAACAAGAAGUGCCGUUAAGAAUUUUCCGUUUUUUUUGGAUAAUGAAAACUUUUUAAACGUAAAUUUAGGCGGUUUUUAAUCAAAAAUCAGAUGCUCUCUAGACAAGUUCAGCUCUCUCAGACUUUUCGCUUCUUCGACAUUUCCUCCUUCCUCUCCUUCGUUGACAAUGUCUGAUGACAAGGAAGAAGCACGUCUCGUAAUGUCAAAAUCACUGAGUUCCAUGUCUGCAGCUUCCAAUUUAGGUAAGAUGCCAUACACAGAUGGGCCCUUUACGCACGGCUAUGGACCCGGAAACUUGCACGGAUUGCCAAAUAUCUCGGAUAUGAGCACGAAUAACAACAACAACAACGGGCAACGAUUGUCCCAAAGUCACGAAUCGGAGUCUGGCGAACUGAUCGACGGCGAUUUGUUGCUGAGUCAAUUUCAUGCGGAUGCCAUAAAGCAAGCGGGAGGCGGAAAAUACCAAUUAAUAGCGACGAUAAUCAUGGGAAUGGGCCUUGCGGGACACGCAAUUCAAGUUUUUGGCGUGUCGUACAUCGUUCCGAGUGCAGAAGUUGAAUUUUGUAUAAUGGAAAAUGAGAAAAAUUGGCUGAGCGGGAUAACUUUGAUCGGAAUGGCAGUUGGCGGAUUGAUUUGGGGAGGUUUAGCAGGUAGAACGGGACGUAGAAAGGCGUUAAUUAGUUGUAUGGGAGUUAGUUCCGUAUUUUCUGUCAUUGCUGCGUUCAUGCCAACAUACGGUCCUUUCAUGAUGGCGAGAUUUUGUGCUGCUUGCGGCGUCGUUGGAGCUGUUAGUGCAGGCUCAUGUUACAUCGCUGAACUUUCCCCGCCCUCCGUUCGAGCAAGAUUUCUCGGUAUUUUCGGAGUAUUUGGCAUCGCAGGAGGAAUUCUCGCCGGAUAUUUGGCAACUCUUGUUCUUCCAUCCACGGGACAAGAAAUUAUGAUCGAGAAUAAAGAACAUUUUAGUGCAUGGCAUCGAUAUUUGCUUCUCGGAUCACUUCCGACAAUUUUUUCGCUCUUCGGGCUCUUUUGGUUGAGCGAAUCUCCGCGAUGGUUGUUGGAAAAUGGACGGGAAGUUGAAGCGCUCGGCGUUUAUCAGAACAUUUACAAGACAAAUCGUGCUCGGGGAGGAUAUGCGUUAACUGAACUCGAGUUGCCCGGAUCACGUUUUCGACAUAUUUCGCCGCCUUCCGUCUUGGCAGACAUGGCAAUCAGUUGUUCGUUGUUCUUCGGCAGUUUUACGCAACUUUUUCGACGAUCGUAUGUGAAAACGACAAUUUUGCUGUUAGCGGCAUGGACUGCGACGUUCUUCGUGUUCACGGGAUUGACAAUUUUCACGUCGAAGCAUUCGAAGGAGACUUCAGCGGGAUAUUAUUAUCGAAAUACGAUCAUCACGAGCAAUCGCACGUACCGCAACAGCUAUUUCAACACAUCCAUGGACAACCAAAUCUAUUCCAAUUGUACUUUCCUCAAUACCACAUUCCGUGAUCUCUUCAUGACACACAUUACAUUCCUCAACAGCACGUUCGUCAACACAGAAUUCUCGAAUGUCAAGACAAGCGGAACCGUUUUCGAGUAUUCUGUGCUCGAUAAUGUCAGUUUAGUGGAUACAGAUUUAACGGAUCGCCAUUUCACGGACUGCAUUCGUCAUAACAACACAAUAACUCGGAUGUCAAUGGAGUGCGAUCGCGAUUUUGAGUACAAUAUCUACUUUGAUGCUCUUUGGACAUCGCAAUUCGGGUUGUUGGUGCCUGCUUUUAUCAUGAUCGGGUUGAGCGGCGAAGCUAUUUAUCGUUGCGGGAAGACACGAAUUGCGAGUAACUGUUUGUUUCGCAUUUUCGAUCGUCCUGAGUGUAACGUUGAGCUUUUUGUAUCACGACGUUCCCGUAAUUUGGACUUCAGGCGCAAGCGGAGGAUUAAUGUUGUGCGGCAUGACAGCUCUUACAAUUUAUGCGAUCGAUUUUUACAAAACGUCGCUCCGUUGCUCGGCAAUUGGACUUUUUGUGUGUGCCGGGCACUUUUCUGCGCUCAUGGCGAAACCUCUUUACGCAUUACUUCCAGCAGUUUCGACGGUAGCUGCCUCCAUUAUUUCCUCACUAAUGAUUUUAGUGCCAUUCGUUGCGUCGAUCAUUUUGCGCGAACCGACAACGACUCUCCUGUAAAUCAAGGAAAUUCUAAAAAUAACAAUUUUAACCCAAAAAAUACUUUUAUCUGGCAUUUAGCAGCAUUUUAGACAUAUCUUUAGCUUUUAGCAGAUGAAAUUCAGAAAAAAAUUAGAAAUCUAUGUCUGUCUCUCUCUUU